AGCCUUUUCCGAAAAAUAAAUAACAGGGGACCGAAAGUGUUAUUCUCCCAAAUUAUAAUGUUCUCUCCAUAUAUCUAAAAUUCCAUCGCUAUUUUCAGUACCGCUGUCGAAUCUAUCGCGGUGUUAUCAGGUUCUUCAAGAUGGUUGAAACUCUUUUCGAAGAUAUAUUUACCGUCACUCAGAAAGAUCCUGAUGGGAAGAAAUUUGAUCGAGUUAAUCGCAUUGAAGCACGGAGUGAGCAGUUUGAUAUGUUCAUGCUGCUGGAUAUAAACACUGAAAUAUAUCCUAUGCACGUGAAAGAGAAAUUUAUGAUGGUUUUAGCAUCUACUUUGAACUUGGAUGGGACACCAGAUACUGGUUAUUUCAUUCAGGGUAACAAGAAAUCGCUUGCUGACAAGUUCGAAUAUGUCAUGCAUGGGAAGCUAUAUAGGAUCUCAGAGGAAGGUUCAGGGAAGCACGUUAAAGCAGACAUUUUUGUUUCAUUUGGAGGACUUCUGAUGCAGCUGAGAGGAGACCCAUCCAUUGCAGCUAAGUUUGAGCUUGAUCAGAAGCUUUUCAUUCUCAUAAGGAAGGUUUAAUCGAUGUAAAAAUUUGGUAAUAACCCAAUUUAACUUAAAAUGCGAUGGAGUAUAUUCAGACUUCUCUAUAACAGUCAUCCUCUAUUACAAUAUUUCACUAUAACGGCCAUGUUCCCUGUCUAA